AUGGAAAGAAUAAAAGAAGGGGUUAUAAUCUUUUUUUGCCAGGCUAGGAAGAGAUUGUCGGCGAGGGUUAUGGGGAUAAUAAAACAAAGAGAGCAUGAAGAAGAAGAGAUGAAGAAGGCAAUAAGGGAAGAAGAUUUUCUAGAUGUGAUCAUUUCAAAUGAAGAUCUAGAUUAUGAAGAGAAGGUCAGCAUUGUGUUGGACAUUUUGUUUGGAGGCUUUGAAACAAGCGCUACUCUUCUUUCCUUAGUCGUUUAUUUUCUUGCAAAAUCCCCAAAUCUACUUAACGAACUCAAGGAAGAACAUGAAUCCAUUAGAGCCAAGAAAGGAGAGGGAGAACUUUUGAAUUGGAAAGAUUAUCAGAAGAUGGAACUCACUCAAUGUGUGAUGUUUGAGGCGCUACGAUGUGGAAAUAUUGUCAAGAUGGUACAUAGAAAAUCCACUCGCAGUAUUAAUUUCAAAGAGUAUGUGAUUCCAAAGGGAUGCAAGGUGUUUCCUAUCUUCACCGCAGUACAUCUUGAUCCAUCUCUUCAUGAAAAUACUUUUGAAUUUAAUCCCAUGAGAUGGACCGAUAAGGCGAAGAUGAACAAGAAAACGAUGGCGUUUGGAGGAGGAGUAAGAAUAUGUCCUGGUGGUGAAAUUGGCAAACUCCAAACUGCUUUCUUCCUUCAUCAUCUUGUCAUCUCUUAUAGGUGGAAAAUAAAGGCUGAUGAAAUGCCAAUAGCGCAUCCUUACGUGGAGUUUAAGAGAGGCAUGCUUUUGGAGAUCGAGCCAAUUACAAUAAGUUAAAUCCUUAAUCCUUAUAUAGAUUAGCUGUUUUAAUAAGUAAUCCAUCUUAGAUGGAAAUUUAUUUAACUUUUAGUAACAAAAUUCAAUGUCCAUCGAUCUCUAGUCAUAGCGUUGUGUGGAUCGAUCAGUUUUGUGUUGGGAUUUUAAGAUGAAAUGACUAUUUGCCUUUCGAUAUGAUAUAGUAUCUUCUAUUAUUGUUGGCACGUUAAUCGUUUUUACUCAACAUUUAUUUAAAUGGUUAAUAUUUCGAUUGUCAAUUAUUUCCCAUUUCAAAUAUGUGGGGUUAGUGUGUUACGCACACGCAUACUAGGUAAUCUAACACGAUAUGAUGAU